ACAAGAGAAAGAAAAACUACUUUCAAUUUGAACUUCAGAACUGCCAUGAAAUGGAGUCGAAUAAAGGUUUAUUUCACCCUAAGAAAUGGCGAAGCGUUUCCUUUCUACCCCCCUCACUGUCUGAAGUGAGAAUUGUGCUGCUGGGGGAAAAUGUACCUCUGACCAACGCAGUGGGAAACUUCAUCCUGAGCAGAUCUGCAUUUGAGACUGAAGUUCCUUCUUCAGUGAAGCAGUACAGUGAGAAAGCCAGUGGUCAUGUGGAGGGAAGAAACAUCACCAUCAUCAACACACCUCAUCUCUAUAACCCACAACUGUCUCAGGAGGAACUGACUCAGAGGGUAAAAGAGUGCAUUUCUCUUGCUGAUCCUGGACCUCACGUGUUCCUCUUAGUGCUUCAGUCAGAAACAGUCACACGUGAGCAACAUGACAGAGUCAGAAGCAUAUUGGAAACUUUCUACCCACUGUCCAGAAAACGCUCCAUAGUGAUAACUACAGGUGAAGACCAGGGAUUCAUCAGUCAACGUGAAGUGAGACACCACAGGAUUCAGAAAAUAUCUCCAUUUGAUAAACAUGAGGUUCUUCAGCUUUUAAAGAAAAUUGAUGCAGUGGUAAAGGAGACUGAAGGAAGCAGCUUGCAUGAGAAUAAACACCCAGAAACACAGAGAAGACAUGAAGAUCAUUUCACAAAAAACACAGCAAAGAUAGAUGGAGAUACAGUGAGAGGAAAAGGCCAUAGCACAGACCUGCCACAAGAGAAGACAGCUACACAGAGGAGUGAGGAAGUGGCAGAAAGGGGAAAGGAAUAUAUGAUGGAGUCUGGAGAAGACAGUUUAAAAUAUGAAAAAAAGAAAAAGCUUGAAAUGGAAAAAACAGAGCAGCUGUUUCUUAGACUUGAUCUUGAGGAAAAGCAGAAAGUGAAAAUGAAAAUUUCAGACAUUCUCCAAAUAACUUCACAUUCAUUAAACUGGAAGGAGUCUUGUACAGAGAAAGAGUUGGUGGAAACCUUUCUACAAAGGCUUUUAAUGAUGGACUAUAGUGCAAGAUAUAUUAGCACUGAAGAAGAUGUUGCCAUAGUUGAUUAUGUUGACCUCAGUACAGGAGGUGAUGAAGGUUUUGGUUUGUUUGAUAAUCUUUUCACCAAAAAGGCAGAAUCAUUUAACGAGGAAGACCAUAAAUCUCCUGUUCACCCCAUGGAUGUUCAGAUGGCGGUGCUCCACUGCUCUGAUCUUCUCCUAAAGCAGCUAAUAGUGACUAAACUGGCUCAGUGUCAGUACGCUCUGCCUCUGCUGGUGCCCAAUCCCUUCACCAGAGAGAUCCAGUUUCCUCUGUGGACCUUUCGCCAAAUCAGAAAGAGCUGGAAGACUUCUAAAUCUGGUGAGGAGAUCACGCAAACCUGGGCAAUAUCUGAAGCAGAAACUCCAAUGGUGGCCUUCUUUAGGUUUGGUUCUGCAUCUUCAUCCAAGUCUCAGAUAAUGAACAGCUUGAUCACUGAGAAACAUGACACCUUCUUCCACAGACACUGUACCAACAGCAGCAAAAACCGGCUCCUGAUGGAUGGAGUGGUGGAGAUCGCUUGGUACUGUCCAUCUGGAAAGGAAACGGAUGUUUUCUCUGACUGUGUUGCAUUCUGUAAUCUCCAUGGUGAUGCACAAACUAAUCAAGAGCAACUGGAGAUUCUGACUGAAAUGUCCUCAGUGAAUGUCGUGCUGUUAGGUGAUCAAAAUAAAAUCACAAAUAAGCACUUACUAGAAGAUCUUUUGAAAGGCCACAAAUCUCUUAUUUGCCUACUAUCUGAUGAUGAAUCAGGUGUUACUAGAUUUAAUGAUGGAAAAUACAAGGUUGGACUUAAAGACAGAACUCAGUCAGAUAUAUAUAAGAAUCUCAGAAUGAUCAUCAAAGACUGUUUCUCCAAGUCACCAGGAAUGUUCAAACUUGAAGAUUUUGAAACCAAAGUGACUAUAAAUGAUGAAGAUUUCCCUGCAUGCAAGAAAUCUAAGGAAGCUGCAGUGAUGGUGAUGAGUCAUUUGGAGGGAAAUGAUCUCUCCAAAUUAAAGGAAGAACAUCUGCCCUGUCAGGGAAAGUUAUGGCAUCACUGGUGUAAGAUGAACAAAGACCUGCAUCAACUUUAUGGGAACAACUUAGAAAAGCAAAAAAGUGCAAAACAAACACAAAUGAUGGAAAUUCGUGAAGAGCAGCAUAAAUAUGGCCUCUCUGGACUUAUGGAACAAUUCAUUUCUGUCCUAAAUUCUCAAAGUGACAUUAAUGAACGAUUAUUCCUAAAAUGGGUUGGGAUUCUACUGGACAAACGCACAUCAGAUUGUCUUUCUGGUCUUCAUCACAAAUACAAUAAAAAGUGGACAGAAGUUUUAGACCUUAAGAACAAACAUGAUAAAUCAGAUAAAAUGAAAGGGAAACAAACAGAACUUGAGGAGCUUUCAGAAAAACUGAAUGCAGCAAUGUUUGGUUUGGAGCACCUCCUCAGAGAGAUGGGUCAGAUUUAUGAGUCUUUUAUUUCAGUACAAACACAAAAGAAAGGAUAUAAAGAAGAAACGUUGAACUCUCUCCCCAGACUUGCAGCAGAACUUAUGAAAUCUGGCCAUCCAAUGGAGCUGAUGGAUGGAGAUGCUGGUCAUGUUCCUCUGAUGUGGGUUUCAGCAGUUCUAGAUGAACUUGUGAAGAUACUGGGAGAUCAGAGGGUGUUUGUUCUGUCAGUUUUGGGGAUUCAGAGCUCUGGGAAAUCCACCAUGCUGAAUGCCAUGUUUGGACUGCAGUUUGCUGUCAGUGCUGGAAGGUGCACCAGAGGAGCCUUCAUGCAGCUGGUCAGAGUGUCAGAGGAGAUGAAGGAAGAGCUGAAGUUUGAUUACAUUCUUAUUGUAGAUACUGAAGGUCUUCGAGCCCUGGAGCUUGCAGGAACAUCUACUCGACAUCAUGAUAAUGAACUUGCCACUUUCGUUGUUGGUCUUGGAAACCUGACCUUAAUCAACAUCUUUGGAGAAAACCCUGCUGAGAUGCAGGACAUUCUUCAGAUUGUUGUUCAGGCCUUUCUGAGGAUGAAGAAGGUCAGACUGAACCCCAGCUGUUUAUUUGUCCAUCAGAAUGUUGGAGACGUUAGUGCUGGAGAGAAAAACAUGGAGGGAAGGAGACGCUUACAGGAGAAACUGGAUGAAAUGGCAAAACUGGCUGCAAAAGAAGAAGAAAGUGAAGCUGAGUGUUUCAGUGACGUUAUUGAAUUCAGUGUAAAAGAGGAUGUGUAUUAUUUUGCACAGCUCUGGGAGGGCAGUCCACCAAUGGCACCACCAAACCCAUCCUACAGCAGAAAUGUUCAGAAUCUAAAGAAAGGCAUUUUCAGAAAAGCGACCAAGUCUCCAGGUCUGAAUCUCUCACAGUUAAAAUCACGCAUUACUGACCUGUGGAACGCUUUAAUCAACGAGAACUUUGUGUUUAGCUUCAAAAACACCCUGGAGAUCGCAGUGUACAGAAAACUGGAGACUGAGUUUGGAAAAUGGACCUGGACCCUCAGGAGUGCCAUGUUAGAUACUGAAGAAAAACUUUACAACAGAAUUGAAAAUGAAAAACUGAAGAGAAUUGAAGAGAAAGAUCUUUAUUCUUACAUGAAAAAGACCAAAGAGGAAGUGGACAAAUCAGUGAAGAGUUACUUUGAAGAAGACAAAGACAAAGAGAUUUUAGUUCAGUGGAGAGCGAGAUGUGAAACCAAAAUCACACAACUUUAUGAAGAUCUUAUCAGAGACACAAAACUAAAACUGAAUGAAGUUAUUCAGCAGCAACAGGCUCGAGAGACUUUUGAACUAAAAAGCACACGAAAGGAGUACGAAGAAAAACUGUUCAGUCUGAGCAAAGAUCUCGCUCUGAAACUCAAAUCCACAACUACCAAUGAACAAGAUCUUAAGAAGGAAUUUGAUCAGUUGUGGGACAAAUGGGUCACUGAACUGACACAAGACACACCUUCAGGAAGAACUUUAGAUUUUUGGGAGGAUGCUGUAAAGAUUUUAUCAGUAGGAAAUGAACAAGCUUCUGUGUGCGAGCGGAAAAAACAGCAAGACUACAAACAAAUAGACAAAGUAGGAGUCAUUUCAUCUUACAUUUCAAAAACUAAAAAAGGUCUUCUUCAGUACAUGCCUUUCAUAAAUAACCCUUCUUCUGAAGAUUUAGUAAGAGCUCUGGCCAUUAAUGUGAUUAAAGAAACUGAGGAAUUCAUCAAUAAGAUUUGCAGUAAAAUCACAAGACUCGGGUACAAUGACGGCUACAUCCAGGAAAUAACAGACCACGUCAGGAAGAGAGUUGAGGAGCAUCACAGCAAAAACCAGAGAAUUAAACUGAGAAAGGAAUUCACUCUGGAUCUCUGUCUUCAUGUGUGUGAAGUUGCGAGUCACAGAUUUACUGAGUGCCAUAAAAAGUUCAUGAAUGCAAAUGAUCCAAGAGUUUAUUUGUCCAAGCAGAAACCACAAUAUUACAGUGUCUUCCAAAACUACUGCAGAGGAACAACAGCAACUAAAGUGUUUGGUGAGCUGAUCUGCAGUUCCCAGAAAGACCUCAUCCUGCAGGCAGCUUCCAAUAAAACUGCUCUUGAUUUAGCAGCAAAGAUCAGAUCAGACAUGCCAGAGUUUAAUGGUAACAGAUCAAACCUUGAGAAACACAUCCUGAAAUGUCUGGCAGAGGAGGAGAACUUUGAGAAGUAUAUGGAGUACAUUCUCAAUCCUGAGAAGCACUUCAGAAACUUCAUUACAGAGAAGGUUAAUAAGUACAUCACUGAAAACACCACCACCGUUCUGAACCUUUUUAAAGGAAAUCUACAUCACAAACUGCAGAGUGUAAUAAAUGCUGUAAACAUCGCAACUGAGGAGCUCAAGAAGAGCCGUGGUGAUGCAGACACGUGGCUGAGAAGUUUUACCUCUGCACUGAAAGAUGAAGUGACCUUUAAAGAAAUAACCUUCACUGAUCUCAAGGACGUUACAGAUAUUGAUUUUCUACAGCAGGUUGUUAGUGAAGGUCUCACUGUAAUGAAGUCAGAACUAGACAACAGCUUCAGCAGUGCAAAACACAUCAACAUGGAGAAGUUCAGGAAGAAACCAGAUGAGAUUCUGAUUGAUCACCUCUGUCAGUGCUGCUGGGUUCAGUGUCCAUUCUGUAAAGCCAUCUGUACCAACACAAUGCAGGAUCAUGAUGGAGAUCACAGUGUCCCCUUCCACAGGGUAGAUGGUGUCAAUGGGUGGUAUUACAGAAAUACAACAAAUCUCUCCUGUGAUUUCUGCACAACACUUGUACAAAGUGAUAAACGUUUCUACCCCACAGAUGAUUCAGAAGAGUCUGUACCCUACAAAUCCUACAGAACAGCAGGAGGAGUUUAUGAGACCUGGAGCAUCACCCCUGAUAACUCAGAGCUCCCGUACUGGAAAUGGUUUGUGUGUAGAUUCCAGAAAGAUCUGGAAAAGCACUAUGAGAAAACAUUUGAGGGUAGGGGUGAGAUCCCCAGUGAAUGGAGAAGGUUUACUAAAGAACAUGCUUUUGAAAGUUUGGAUGAAUUAAUCUGAGACUCUUCUAAACCAAACUGAGCAGAAAAUAGCGACAUAAUCAUGAUCCAAUAAUCAAAAUAAAUACAUAAACGUAAUCUGUAUUCGUGACACCAGAAAUCAUAAAGAUAUAAUCAGUAAUAUUCAUUAGAUUUUCUAUUUUAUAAACACACUUUCUCUUUUUUCUCUUUUCUGUUUCAAUGCAUUUAACAUUUAAUCAUAUCAUAUCAGUGUUCUUAUUCAUCCUAUAAUGUGAUAAUUAAUCAUAUCAUUUGUGUUUAAAGGGUCGUGUUUGAGGUUUAAUGUUAAACUAUAUUACAAUAAUAAACUAUAUUACAGUAUUUGUAUGUCUCUGUGCUUCAGUAAGACUUUUACAGUGUUUUAUAUUUGAUUGAUCAGAGUUGUGACACAUACAGAAGAAACAGGAGACACUCAGGAGUCUGAGGCUCAAAUUGA